GCACCCUCUCGUUCACCCGCUACCGCGAUGAUCAGUGAACAGCGUGUCCAACGUGUUCCGGGAAACGUGCGGGGCCGACUACGGCUGUUGACUGGCGCCGUGUUGCUGCUGUCCAUGAUCGCGAGAAGUGCAUGGACCGACAACAACCCCGUCGCAUCCGAGGGACCGAGCUUCAGCGAGCCAAUAGCAAACGUGACGGUCCCGGUGGGAAGAGAGGCUGUCCUUUCCUGCGUCGUGGCGAACCUUUCUACGUACAAGGUGGCAUGGCUGCGGGUGGACACGCAAACCAUCCUGACGAUAGCCAAUCACGUGAUAACGAAGAAUCACAGAAUCGGCGUCACUCACAGCGAGCACAAAACAUGGCUGCUGCACAUACGCGACGUGCGCGAGAGCGACCGCGGCAACUACAUGUGCCAGAUAAACACUGACCCGAUGAAGAGUCAGAUUGGUUAUUUGGCGGUUGUAGUUCCGCCGGAUAUCUUGGAUUAUCCCACGAGUACGGAUAUGGUGGUGAGAGAGGGUAGCAACGUCUCGAUGCGUUGCGAAGCAACAGGGUUUCCGAAGCCCACCAUCAUGUGGAAAAGGGAAGACGGCGAGCAGAUUGUUCUCGGAAAUAAUCAGAAAGAGAACAACGUCCGAGGACCGGUUCUGGAAAUCACGAAGGUGAACAGACUACAGAUGGGAGCGUACCUUUGCAUCGCGUCCAAUGGCGUUCCACCAACAGUCAGCAAGAGAAUGAGGCUUGUUGUACAUUUUCCGCCAAUGAUUUGGGUCCCGGAUCAAUUGGUGGGCGCUAUGGUUCGCAAACAAAUAUCGUUCACUUGCGUGUCCGAAGCUUAUCCCAAGUCCAUCAAUUACUGGACGCGAGGUGGCGUCAUUAUACCAAACGGAGACAAAUACACCUCAACGUUCACGUACAACUCCGAGUACAAAGUGCACAUGAAGCUGACGAUAAACUCGGUCGAGAUGUCCGACUAUGACACCUACAAAUGCGUAGCCAAAAACUCUCUAGGCGACACGGAUGGCAACAUCAAGCUUUAUCAUAUACCAACACCUACAACUAAACCGACAACAACGAGCACGACGCCAGUUCCUACUACUUCGGAGCCAGUGGAAAAUAUUCAAGGGUCGCGGCAAAAGCCCUUGCCCAGUUUAGAGCCGAGCUCUCAUGAAAUAACCGACGCGUCUUUGUCGACUGUUGUCAGAAGCGAAGAAGUCACUUUGCAGAAAGGACUUCGUGGAAGGCCGAGACAGCAGGAGGAGAGCCACGAGGCCGAGAACGUCGUUGACAGUCACAAAAGUAACGACGACGACGUCGGCCAGCAGAGAAUGGACAACACGGCGGAGUCGAUAUCAUCCAAGAGCAGCACGUGGCAUUGCAUGGCUCGGUCCAGCGCGGUGAUGUGCAUAAUCGUGCUAUCCGCCUUGUCGUAGUCGUCGCGACGCGGAAAUACGAGAUAUAUAGGUCGAAGUCUCUCCGGCUUCUGAAGAAAAUUCCGCAAUGUUUUAUCCGUGUAUGGGAUCAAUUAAUUCACGAAUUAACCACAGACUUAUCGAAGAAUCUACCGACGGGCCGUACUUUUGACAGCGUGCGCCGAACAAUUGUGUGAAAUUAUAAAUUUAUUUUUUAUUAUAAUUCGUUUUUGUCAACGAACAAAAGAAAAAUUUGUCUGUUACAGACAAGUUAUGCUUUUAUUUUUCCAGCUUCUCGCAAUGAUUUCGCAGGGAUGCAUCUGGGAAAAGACUGCGAGCAAUGCGAAGAUCGAUUAUUCCUUGUUUUUCUCUCUUUCAACAAUGAAUUUUUAUAAUUAAUGCACACAUAAAGUGUUACAUAAAAAAUGGACUAACGGACACAAUUUUCAAGAUCAAAGCAAAAGUUUGCUAAUACUGCCGUAAUUCUGAUAUUUCUGUGUAUAGUUGCAAUAUGCGUAUAUCAGAUUAUCGAAGUGAUCGAAGAGAAUUAAUGUAAUUUGCACGGUAACACACAUAAUAUCUGCGCUGUAAUAGCAUUGGCGGGCUCUCUUCGUCCGGACACGGCUCGCGCCCGUUUGUUUAGCUUUAAUUUUGUCAUCAGAGUCUGUGUGUGUGUGUGCGUGUGUGUGCCGCGCGCGUUUCGCAAGCGAUCGAUAAUAACACCCACGGUUUGCGACGGUUGUCAACAAAGAUUCAUCGAACAUUCGCCACCAUCGUACGUUUUCUUCGAAAUGACGACGAUUUUUCCUUAUCUGAUUCCGCCGUCAUCGCCCAAAUCCCCCUUUAACCAAUCUCUCUUCCAUCGAAGAGGAAGAGACGCUUUCGAAUCGCACGCAUCGUUAGCGAAACGAGAUCUCUUAAUUUCCUUCAAAGGGUCGACUGAUUUUCCCUUUUUUUGCGUCUGGUUGACGACGCUCACAUCGGGGGGAAAAGGCAUUCGAAUCGCAAUUAUAUUGCCGGGAAGAUCGAUCGCAUUGAUUUUGUCUUAGACGUCUGCGUGUUUCAUUUUUUUUUUUUUUUUUCACUUUUUUCUCCUGCGAUUCGUUGUGCACUUUGAAGGGUGUUUGCACCGAGUAGUUUUGCAAGAAUUAAUUUUCCAAUACUUGACAUGAGUAUCAACACACCGAGAAAGAGAAAGAGUUGUCGUUAAACGGAUAUAAAAAAAAACUUAUAAAAAUUAUUAAACUUCGCAUCCAGUGUAGGUCUCCCAUUGAUCAUAUUCCGGGGACUUGAAAGAAACUUCGGCCUACUCGAUUCACAAACAAAAAGUGAUUUCUUUGUGUGAGCGCAUAGAUUCGUGUCGGAAUGCAUCCUCGAUUAUUGCGACAUUUCUGUAUACUGAUUUCGCACUGCAGCGCACGUUUGAACCAUCACUUUAAAGAACUAUUUUUGUAACUUUCAUGUGUGAGUUUUUAAUUUCAUUUCGGGGUGCGCGGAAAGAAAACACUUAGCAGAAAUCAACCCUUUGCACUCUCAUACAAACGUGCUGCCGCUAGUAAUAACGAAGUAUCGCGCGCAUGCGCUCAAUUUGACGCUAAACAGUUCGUCACCGUCAAAAAUUAUAUGCCAUCUGUGCUGACAUUACAUGUGUUUUGUGAUUAUCGAUGUGCAAAGGGUUACUCGAUCUUACUUGAAGUGUAUAAAUUAGUACGUAAGCGUAAAAAGUAGAGCGUGACGUGUGCGCGAAAAACAAAAACUCGAACAAUGAGUCGUGAAAACGCGAUGCAUGAGAUGCAACGAAGCAAAAAAAAAAAAAAAAACCCGAAACUUGUACAUUUUUCCGGAAUAUUAAUCACUUGCAUAUAUUUGUAAAUAACGAUUCGUUACGAUCCGUAACGGACCCUCCCGGACGAUAUUAUCGAUGUACUAAUUGUAAUCGGUAAGGACAUCGGUUUUGUACAUACUAAGUCUCCCCUCGAGCGCGCAUAAAAUAAAACCAAAAAAAAAAAAAAAGUGUGAGUAGUUGUCGACGUUUUUACAUAUAUGGAUGUCAAACGACGUUACUUGUAUUAUCCCGACGUGUAUACCAGAACGACGAAUUUGAAAUAGGGAGAUAUUUUGGAUUGUUCUAUACAUGUAUAAAAAAAAAAAAAAAAAAAAAAAAA